AUGGACCGUUAACAUUGAAUGUGCUUGACUUCAGUUACUGCAUCAAAUGUGACUAUAUAAUGAAAUGAUGCCUACUCAACAUCAAAUUCAUCUUCUCCUCAUCACCACCACCCAUCACACCCAGGUAAGUCUAACACCAAAAACAGAUCAAAAACAAAAAAAGGUAAGUCUACGCAAAACGAACUAUAUCACGUCUCGCUUCACCAGUCAGUCAUCUCGCUGGUAAGUAUCCCUUUUCAACAUGUCUUUUCCCAAACCUCUCCCUGAAGCCUUCUGGCCAACUAUCAAAAAGGCUAUAGACAAGGGCAGCAACACCAAUUCCGACAAUGAGGUUAUCGCCCCUCAAUGUCCCAUCUGUAUGGAACCCCUCCCGGUGAGAUCUUUUCCUACCGAAGGUGAGUUGGAUGCUGAGGUCUUGCUCUGUGGUCAUGUUCUCUGCCAGUCUUGCCGUAAACAAUACCAACACAGCGACGCCGGAGGACGGUGUCCUGUAUGCCGCACCAAUCUCUACUGCAGCCGAUGCAAAGUAAAUGCUAUCCCCAUCACCAUCCCCAAGAACGGUGAAGAAUCUAGUCUUCCUCCUACGACUCUUCCAGAGUGCGUUCAGAAGAACUUGUGUCCUGAUUGUGUAGCUACGGUUGAGUUUCACAGGGACGUAGAGAAAGGUGAGUGGCCUUAUCACUUAGAUGAUAUGGAGCCUGGGUUUGUCAGCUUCUUCUACCAUGUUGUUGAUAACAUUGAGAAGAAUGACGAAACUGCUACAGAGGGGAGAGUCCAGGAGGCAAUUUCCGACACCAUCAUGCAGGAGUUUACGAAUAUGAUGAUGAGUCGUCGCUGUGUUACGCUUGGUCGUGGGAAUACGUUGCGACAGACGAACCCAUGGUACGCUGAGAAUAAUGAACAUCAGGAAAAUUGUCGUAUUGGGGUUGUUCAAGGCCAUUUUGGCCCCAGCCCAGACUCAGACUCAGACUCGGACGAUGAUGAGCCUCUUGGGAACCCUCCUGCUGGUGUCCCUCUUCCGGUUCUGAAUCCCGCACAGACUGAUAACAACCGCCAGAACUCUGGCUUGCAAGUGUCUCCAUUUGAACGAGCUGGCCUACGCCGGGUUUUGCACCCGAUUCGGAGUCUUGAUGAUCCUGCGCAGCCUGGCAAUGCCAAUUCGCCGUUUGAUGUCCAGGACGGCAUUGCACGUCCUAGUGCAGCAACACAGACAUCUGAACCAGCUCGACGUUAUCAUGACAGGGCACUGUUAGAUGAGGAGUCAGACGACGAUAUGGCCUGGAUUGGAUCUUCACAACGAGAGGGUAACACUGUUGCGACGACAGCUGAAGUGCUUCCAACAUCUGGAAUGUUUCCACCAAGAUCUGACAAUGUACGUCCCAGUCCCCGACCAAAUAGGAGAGCAGAAAGAGCAGCAAGGGCGGCUCAAGGUCAUGGUAUGCAUGAAGGAGGCAUGCAGGGACUGGCGAGGGUUGUAAGGCGCGUACCACGUCGACCUCGCUUUGCACCUCCCAGUGCAGCAACACAGACAAAUAGAUCAGUUCAAGAUGAUGAAAUGCAGGCACCAGAUGCUGACGCAGAUAGACUCUGGUAUGAGUUUUUAGAACGGGAGGGUAACUCUACUCCGGCGACAGCUGCAGCGGCCAGACCAGCUGGACCUCGUAGCUUGCAAGAAGCGUUUGAUUAUGCAGAUGCGAACGAUAUUCUGAGUCUGGGAGGUAGCAUUCGCGGAAUGCCCCGACAGUUUCGGGACUAUCUGACGAGAGGUUCAGCGAUUAGACCGGCGACAGGAGAGUCGCCCAGUCCAGCAUCCGGUGCCUCACAUAGUUCUAUGGAUUUGGACGAUAGCGACGAGGUGUCGUCAAAUGAUCAGCCCGUCUCUGAGCGCUGAGGAUCCUCCAUAUCCACUGUGAAAAGACGCGUGUAAGUCAAGGGCAUGAUGAUAUUGCAUGCGGGCCAUGGUUGAGUAGGCGAAGACGCUCGGACCGAGAUAUGGAUGGGACGGCACGGCACGGGAAACGGCAUGAAGUACGGAGUAGACUGGAAGUUAUUUGUGAAUUUGAAUUUAUUCGGUGAAACGGAGUCUUGGAUCAGGAUCAACCGGGGAUAAAUUAGAUUGAUACUGAAUCAUU